AUGAAGAAGAAAGUCGACCCGCGAAUUCGCCAGUGCCUGCAGGAAGGCGUCAAUAACAACCACCGCUCUCUCAUCGUUUUGGUUGGUGACAAGGGACGUGAUCAAGUUGUCAACUUGCACUACAUGCUCUCCAAAAUGACCCUCCAAUCGAGGCCAUCUGUGCUGUGGUGUUACAAGCACGAAUUGGGCUUUAGCUCGAACAAGAAGAAGCGCAUGAAGAUCAUUAAGAAGCGCAUUAAGCAAGGAUUGGUUGACCCCAACAGAGACGACCCAUUUGAGCUUUUCAUCUCCUCCACCUCUAUUCGAUUUGCAUACUACUCUGAAUCUCACAAAAUACUGGGAAACACGUAUGGGAUGUGCGUCUUGCAAGACUUCGAGGCACUUACUCCAAAUUUACUCGCGCGCACUUUGGAGACGGUUCAAGGAGGUGGGCUAGCUGUCAUCCUCAUUAACAACAUGUCCUCUCUGAAAAAGCUAUAUUCCAUCACCAUGGAUGUCCAUGCUCGUUUGCGCACUGAGGCUCACAGAAAAGUGGUGCCAAGAUUUAAUGAGAGGUUCAUUCUAUCUCUCGCAGACUGCCCUGCAGCCAUCGUCGCUGACGAUGAGUUGAACGUCCUCCCCAUAUCUUCUCAUGUUAGAGCGAUGUCGGGUGAAGUGACCUCAACAGCGAACCGACCCACCACGGAAAACGAACCUGAACUGAAGGAGCUGAAGGAGUCUCUAGCUGAUACACCGCCCAUUGGGCCGCUUAUUGCAAAGGCGAAAACCUUAGACCAAGCCAAAGCGUUGUUGCGUUUCGAAGAGGCAAUUUCAGAGAAAACUCUGCGGAGCACCGUCGCACUGACUGCGUCCCGUGGAAGAGGAAAGUCAGCGGCCCUUGGGUUGGCGGUUGCUGCAGCCGUAGCUCACGACUACGCCAACAUUUUUGUCACCUCCCCAUCACCCGAAAAUCUUCGAACUUUCUUCGCCUUCUUGUUUGUUGGUUUUGAUGCCAUGGAUUACCAAGAGCAUACAGACUAUGAAAUUAUACAGAGCACAGAUUCUGGCUUGAACAAUGCCAUCGUACGAGUGAACGUUUUCCGAAGUCACCGUCAGACUAUUCAGUAUAUAGAUCCAAUUGAUGCGCCUCGCUCUCUUUCACAAGCCGAGUUGCUGGUGAUUGAUGAAGCGGCGGCGAUUCCGUUGCCAGUGAUCGAGUCUAUGCUUGGUCCAUAUCUUGUAUUCAUGUGCAGUACAAUCACCGGAUAUGAAGGAACGGGACGCAGCUUGUCGUUGAAGCUGAUGACAAAAUUACGAGAAGGGAGUGCUCGAGUACCGUCACAAUACAAGGGAGUCAAUGGAAAUUCCAAUCGUCAAUCUGAUAGAGACGCUGCAGCUGUGUCCUCCCGAACUGGAUCCGGCCGUGUCUUCAGGGAGGUCCAGAUGGAAAUUCCGAUUCGAUAUGGACAGAAGGACCCAGUUGAGGCCUGGCUUUACGAUCUGCUUUGCCUUGAAGCUGGUGGGGUACGACAGGUUCUUACCGGUGGUGCUCCACACCCUGAAGAAUGCGAAUUGUAUUACGUUGAGAGGGAUGCCCUUUUCUCUAGACACAGUGCGUCAGAAGCCUUUCUACAUCGUAUCAUGGCUUUGUUCGUCUCGUCACAUUACAAGAAUUCACCAAACGAUUUGCAGAUGCUAUCGGACGCUCCUGCUCAUGGAUUAUUUGUCUUACUGGCACCCACAAGACCUGACACUGAGCGUUUACCUGAUGUUCUGUGUGCUAUCCAGGUCUGCCUGGAGGGCAAGAUAUCAUCGAAGAGCUCAAAGACGCAGCUAUCUCGAGGGCAGAGGGCUUCUGGUGACCUGAUACCAUGGACGAUUAGUCAACAGUUUCAAGAACCUGACUUUGCCACAUUGUCAGGUGCGAGGGUUGUUCGAGUAGCCACGCAUCCGGACGUUCAAAAGAUGGGAUACGGGACUCGAGCAUUGAAAUUGUUGCUUGAAUAUUACAAAGGUGAACAUAACAUAUCCCUCGAGAACAACGCUGUUGAACGGCUCUCAGAGCAAAAUCCGCCUGCUGGCCAAGAAAAUGGCUAUACAGAUAGUGAACAGGGCGAUGCAGAUCAGCAGAAGAAAACUCUUCUGAAUGAAAUCAUUGGGCCCCGAAAGAAUAUCCCACCUCUAUUGCGCCGUCUACACGAGCGUUCAGCGGAGAAUUUAGACUACCUUGGAGUCUCAUAUGGUGUUACGCAAGGUUUGUAUAGCUUCUGGAGUCGCCUUGGCUUCAUGCCGUUGUACUUGCGAUUGACGCCCAAUGACUUGACUGGAGAGCACACAUGCAUCAUGGCGACAACCUCUGUGUGUUCAUCGGAAGAGACCAAGCCCUCGGACUGGUUGUCAAAAUUCAAUCAGGACUUUAGACGUCGCUUUGUGCACUUGCUGGGUUACGAUUUCCGUUCACUUCCCCCCGGUCUUGCCCUUGCGAUCUUGAACACAGGCGCUGAAUUCCGGGAGUCUGGAGAUGCUGAAGAGCGCAGCUCAAUUGACGAGAUCAAGGGUCUGUUCACGCCCUACGACAGGCGGCGGUUGGAGUCUUAUUCGCGAAGUCUAAUCGACUAUCACGUGAUUCUUGACAUGAUUCCAAAGUUGGCCGAGUUGUACGGCACUGGGAGCCUCGGGUUACGAGACGGGCUUCGAUUGUCACCUGCGCAGAAUGCCGUGUUGAUGGGCAUUGGUCUACAGAGAUGUUCAGUUGAUGACCUUGAAAAACGUCUGGGUAUCCAGGCGUCGCAAGUACUUGCUCUGCUCAACAAGGUCAUUCGAAAGAUGUCAACGUUCCUCCGCGACAUGGAGGAAACGGAUAUCGCCUCACGGAUAGGACAGACGCAAGGGGCUAGGGGGAUGAUUCCAGGUGUUACAAUUGAGUUACCGAACUCGAACAAGGCUGAGUUCGCCGCCUUAUCGACAGACGACCCAUCCGAUGAGAAAGGGACGCCGGGCAAAUCCUUAAAGGCUGAGGAAGAUGGUGCCGGCGCGACGGAGAAGGGGACCCGGAUGUCGAAUUUCAAAGUCGGCGGAUCGAAGGAUGAGUGGAAAGCGGCUUUACCAAAAAACGCACUGGCAGACGGUAUCCCGUCGACGGUCAGCAUCAAGAGCGGAAAGAAAAAAUCGAAACGAAAGACGAUUUCAGAGUCAAAGGAUGUAGGAACGCCUCGAAAGAGGAAGAAAAAGCAAGUCAAGUAAAGCACUCUUGCCGUUAAGAUUACUGGUGAGGCACUGGUUGCAAGGGGUCUCUUUA